AUGGAUCCUGUGCCGGAUGCAGAUGUUUCCGGGAUUGAUAACUCGGAGGAGGAAGGACCUUCGCCUUCAGUGAUUCCGUUGCCCAAUUUUGGGUACCAGGGAGUCGAGAUCGACAAUGUUCUGCCAGAUCGAACUUCUACAGGACGGGACAUUCCGACGAUAGACUCUUCGUCUGCUUCCGAAGAUCGUGAGGACACUUCAGAAGUUUCGUCGGACAGUGAUCGAUCGAUUGCAGGCACAGCGAAUGCACCCCAGCUUACUUCGCGAGGUAUUGCUCGUGCCAAGAAUGCUGCUAAAGUUCCUAAGGGAUCAGUGGGACAAGCUUUGCAGCAGAGGAGGGAACAGAUGCUGGGAGCAGUCGAGAUGUGUAAGUCACCAGCAGAGACCAAACAGCCAGUUGUUGAUUCUGCUUCAGAUAUUGAUAUUCAGGUUCAACAGGACAUGGCAGAUCGUGCUGUUGCAAUGGCGACCACUCGCACUCCUGCACAGACAGGACUCAAGCGCAAGUCGCCAGCUUCCCCAUCGUCGGCUGCACCACCACCACCCCCUCCUCCACCACCUCCUCCUCCACCAGCGCUUCCUGCAGGUAGUGAUUGCACUCCGACACAGCCUCCGCAGUAUGCAGGUGAUCCUCUGCUUACGACCAGUGGUCAGGACGUGCAUUCUGAGUUGGUUUUGUCGAGGACAGUGGGUGGAGCAGUCAGUGUCAAGCUCAAGAGUUGGCAGGGACGGCUUAUCAUGCAGGCAGCUCCGGAGGACGAGAUUCGAAACAAUAUGAAGAUUCUGACUGACCUUUGCGAGGAAUCAGGUUUUCAGAAUUUGCCUCCUUUCGAACUUCACUGCUUUGCAACGAUGAUGUGCUGUUACACAGGAGAUACAUCCCGCAUGUUCAGUCGAGUGAAGUGUCAUGAGUCCAAGGCACAUGUUUACUGGAGUUUCGAUUUGACUGAGCGGUUUGUACCACAUGAUGAUUCUUCUGCUGAACUUCGCAACUUAUAUUAUUUUGCACACGGCUCGGACAUUGCAGGCGUACAAGGGAUAAUUCAAUCUCGGUUUUUGGCACCCGCCACACUGGCGGACGGCCCGGAGGCCGUAGGCCACUAUUCGCAGGCAACUCCGUGGAGCGAUGACAUGUCGUUUGUGCAGAUUCUUGAUAGGGUUACGAACUCUGCAAAAUGGGCUUGUCCCAUUAUCACUCAUGGAUAUGCUAGUGUUCCCGGCCAGCAUUUCGUUUUGAAGUCGGGCGGUGGAGAAGACGCCCAGCAACAGUGCCUCAUACAUGGGGUCGUUCACUUCAAACGGGACCACAAAUAUGUGAUUCACAGUGGAAGGAGCACAGUGGCAGGUUUCACAGUUCCUCUGACACAUGCUCAGCAGAUCCAGCGUGGUGCAGGCGUGGAGAUCUUUGAGGUGCCGUUACAUCGGGUGGUCUCAGGGGGCACUUCUAAUUGGGCUCUACGACAGAUCGCUCAUGGUCGUGCCGUGCAUUGGGAGAACUUUCGAUCCAAACAGGAAGGAGUGUUUGCGGGGGUCUUAAUGAGGGCACUUCGCUCUGAACAAGCAGAACAGGAGGGCACCGAUUUUGUUACCAUUCUGAAUGCUACUCAGAAGAAGUUGUUUCCAUCGUCGGAGCUUCAAGAUUGGUCUGCUCGCUACAAGACAAUCCAGAAAUUGGCCGAGGACCUGGUGAAGGACUUUCGUAAGCAUGCACCAGUUCAGACCAAUCAGACUUUGCUGCAGCGGCUUCAUGCUCUUGAGACCGAGAAUGCUCGUUUGAAGGGUAAGCCACCUCGUUCAGCGCAACCGGCUCUUCCUCGCCGCAGGGGCGCUCCCGCUUCAGGAUCCAAGAAGACGGAGCCCAGGAGCCCCAUGGACUUCGGCACAGAGGACCUUGCGGGUGGGGGUGAUGGCGAAGAAACCGCCAUGUUCAGAUCGCCUGCCGAAGACCCUUUUGAAGAAGACGAGGAGAAUCAGGACAAAGGCCCCCUCGAUGCUCAGGACACAUACUCGCAGUAUCUCCCGGAUCGUGACAGUACUCUCUACCUUGAGAGUUGCAGCUUGGAGGCCACAAAUCUUAAGAGUGUCAACAACUGGCUAGCAUCCACUGCUAUCGGAAAGGGCAAGAAUAAGGUGAUCGACACUGCAGUUUCCGAGUUUGUUGCUGCUUGUGCUAAGCUUGACGAUGGUAACAAGAAGCCAGUUGACAAAAUCGCAGUGGAAUGGGGUCUCUCAGUUUCUCUAGCUUCUAAGUUGAAUGAGAAGUGCCUCACUCGCUUGAUCGCGGGAGCCCAUUUGCUGGCAAACCACAAGACGAGGACCCAGCGAAAGCGAUUUGUUGUUACUUUUCUCCGAUGGUUCUCGCUGAUUCUCCCAAUCCUUUACAUUCUCAUGCCCCACAAGGUGGUCGACAGAUUCAUGUGGGUUCGUUCCCACAUCUUUUCGUGUGCAUUAUUUUCGAACGCUUUGCCUUGCUUUUCCACGGGCAUUUUCGUGCGCAUUCGUGAUCUUCUGGUGCAGUUUCGUGUACCCAAACACUAUCCAUGGUCUUGGCAUCAAACUUCACAUAUGGUUUAUCUUCGUGUGUCGGUGAAUCGACCGGCAACCACGGCGACUCUAUAUGUUGGAGCUACCAGGACAACCGUUCCAGGACGAGAAGCCUCCAGACGUCGUAAGUUCAUUCAGUUGGUUAGGAAACGACUAUCCUAUUUCGAGCCUGCACUCAAAGUGUUUCAUCGCCGACGUGAUUUCUAUCAAGGUAUUGUGUUGGCCCUAUAUCAGGACUCUGAUACUCUGUCAUUGCUCGCCACGGAAGCUGCUUUGAUUCGGACACUUAGGCCGGCUUUGAAUCAUCCAUGGGUAUUGGAUCUGUUGAAGUCUCUACGGAUCAAGCAGAACAGAUUCCGUUUGCCUCAAGCCAGAACAGGCCAUCGGUUCACCAAGAAGUGUCAGGCUUUGAUUCGACGUCGUCAUGGACUCUAUCAUCAGCAUCUCUUGAACAACAAGCAGGUGUUUCUCUCUCUCUAUCGUUUGGGCAGUGAUAGCUUGGAGAAAUUUCUGGAAUCCAGGAGACUUCGGUCUCAUCGUACACCUUUGCAGGAGUUGUAUCUCAGGUGCAGGUUGGUCAACAUGAUUGACGAACCGUUCAAAACCCGAGCUACUCAGCAGUUGCGAUUGAUCAUGGAGUUCCGACGAGGACACAUGCCGCCCACCAAUGUUCCCCUUCGCCUUCCACCUCUUGCACAUGAUCUUGCCAAGGAAGUAUGCAUGGCUCUUCGUAACCUUGUACAACAGGAACGAGUGUACCAGUUUCUCGACGUCAUGGACGACAGGACACUUGUUUGUUCAUGCGCGAGUGAUUCUUCCGAGUUCACCUCUGGCCUUCUUGAAUCUCAACGACACCUGUUUUUUGCCCACAGCACAAUGGCGGCAGAUUGCGAACAGGGAGAUACAACGAUGGUGCAACAGGUGGAGGUUACCUCGUAUGGCUGGGGAUGUCAGUGGAGUGCAUCUUUACCCAUAGCAAGGAUUCUGCCCAAACCCAGCAAGGACUUCCUCAAAGCAAGACCGAUCAUUGGAUGUGAUCAUUGUUGGCAUUCUCGUUUGACCACCUUUUUGGCCAAGGCGAUUUUUCAGAUCAUGUUGAUUGUUUUUCCGACUGGUUCCACCUUUAAUGUUUUGUCGGUUCAACAAGCAGUUCGCAUGAUCUGGCACUCGAUGAUGGGGCAUUCGGCAGAUGAACCCACCAUCAUGAAGCAACAGGACCUGGUGGGCUUCUUCAAUUCAGUACCACAUGAUCGCAUUCUGCAAUCUUUGCUUUUCGUUCUGCAGCUCCUAGAAGAUCGUUGGCACAAACCGUGGCAACAGCAAUCCUUGCAGGUUUCUGUUCGCAGCAAGGAUCCCAACUUUCGAGUCUUUCGUGGACGCCGCAGGUUUGCCGCGAGGAACACAAAGACGCUUCCCUUGGAGGACCUGCCUGAGUUAGUUGGGUUCCUACUGCGGUCCAGUUUCUUUCAAUGUGGCAUCCACACCUUCAAGCAGAUUCAAGGAGCCAGCAUGGGAUCGGCACUUGCACCAGUGUUAUGCACUCUGGUCGCUUCGACCACGGAAUUUCUGUGGCUUCGGAAUUUUCGCACCAUUCUGAAUAACAUUGGUUUUCAGACUGCCGCUCGAUAUGCGGACAACCGUGUCUUUCAUUUACAUGCAGGCAUUCAAAGGAACCCAUGGCUUCAACUACUUUUUCAUCUUGAAUUUUACGGCUCACCCAUCAUCCUGGAGGACGUGUUGACUGAGAACUUUCUAGGCACCACAUGUUCCAACGUGCAGGGCACCAUCACGGUGGUACAACCCACCGAUGCUUCAACCAUUCGCACGUUGCAGUCAGUUGGAAGGAAAGAACUCGUUCUUUCUGGUUUCUCAGCUAGGGUUCGCACGAUCAUCAGACUUUCACGACCGAUGCGCUUGAUUCGGCCACAGGUGGAGGACUUAGUUGAAAUCUACCGGGCCCAAGGCUUCUCACACAGCGUUCUUUCACCGAUUGCACACCACCUUUUAAAGUCUGUCGGCAUCCGAUUCACAUAA